CAUGUCUGAAGGCCGCCCAGAACCCCUCCGCCUCGGGACAGUUGCUCCCAACUUCAAGGCAGAUACCACCGCAGGACCCAUCGACUUCCACGAGUUCAUUGGUGACAAAUGGGUUGUCUUGUUCUCACACCCGGAAGACUACACUCCCGUUUGCACAACCGAGCUUGGCGCCUUCGCGAAGCUUGAGCCAGAGUUCACGAAGCGCGGUGUCAAGCUCAUCGGCCUAAGCGCAAACACAAUCGAGAGCCAUGGCGGGUGGAUCAAGGAUAUUAAUGAGAUCUCGGGGAGCAAUCUUCGCUUUCCCAUCAUUGGCGACAAGGAGAGGAAGGUCGCGUUGAUGUACGACAUGAUCGAUCACCAAGAUGCUACCAACGUAGACCAGAAGGGCAUCGCUUUCACCAUCCGCUCCGUCUUCGUCAUUGACCCGAAGAAGACCAUCCGCACGAUUCUGUCCUAUCCCGCUUCCACCGGCCGCAACACCGCAGAGGUUCUACGUAUCGUUGACAGCCUACAGACUGGGGACAAGCACAAGGUCACUACGCCAAUCAACUGGGUCCCGGGCGACGAUGUCAUUGUGCACCCUAGCAUCAAGGGUGCCGAGGCGGAGAAGAUGUUCCCGAAGAUGCAGGUCGUCAAGCCAUACUUGCGCUUCACGCCGCUGCCGAAGGAGGAGACGAGCGCGGCAGUCUGACUGAGAGGCCAGUGGUGGCAGGAAAUGUUGUUUAGAGAGACAUGGCAGAGCGAAUGGGGUAGGCCAGUCACUGGUUACUAAAUGAC